UUAUAUUUGUUUCAGAUUUGGAUACGAGAUAAAACUCAUUUUCGUUUAUAUUUCUCAAAAUGGAUAACAAUCACUUGCUAAAUUUUAUACAAUUGACUGAAGUAACUAAAAUCAAAAAUCAAAAUGACACGCAAUAUCAGCCAAUGGAUGUACACAUCAUCAGUGGCAUCAUCACAAAAUACUAAUAGUGACGAACAUCAUUUAUUACGUCAAAGUUACAAAUGCCUAUUGUACAAUAAACGUCGUAACACAACACCAAAUAAUUUAACAGAAAAUAAACGAGAAAUACGACAAUCAAAGUGUGUUUCUUGGGCACCAGAUACAUCACCCAUAUUACCAAAUAUCAGUGGUAACAACACAGCACGUGAUUAUCGACGUAAAGUAACACGCUCCUGGUACGGGGGUCAAAGUUGUAGUGGAGUAUCACCAGCAAAAAGUGGCCCCACGGUGGGUCCAUACGGGUCAAUCACAUCAACCACCGUGGCGGAUACUGGAAUAUUAUUAUCACCGACAGCACAAAGUCAACCAUUAUUACCCACCACAACAAACAAUACACCAUCGCACAAAACAAACGGUAUACAGAUUCAAAAGCAGACACAAAAUAAACAGACACAACGACCACCACCCCCAUCAUUAUUAUUAAACCACCAAAAACAACAGCCCCCACAGAUUACUAUUACAUCUGUUGGGGGCACAUCACCAGCACAUUCUCCACUUCCAGUUAAGAAAAAGACUGCUCGAUCUCGGGGUAUUGAUUUUAUUAUGCCAGGUUUAAGAUCGUUUGUAAAAAAUAGAAGAACUACGUCUGGCAGUACAACUAGUUUAACAGGUCUAAGCUCUGAUAGUUACGCUAAAACUGCAACUAUUGUUACUGAUAAUUUACCCGGGGGACUUCGAAAAUGUGAGACUGCAAUUACUUUAUCAACGGCCUCUUCCAAAGCAACGUUACUUGCGGAACCAAUACCGGCUACGAAUCGUUUACGUGUAGGUAAUAGAACAUCGGAUGGUUUAUGUUCGCGGUGUUCAUCAUUACUAUCAUUAGCGACAUCUGGUUCACGAUAUUCAUUAAAUACUGCAUCGGCAACAUUUGUUCCUGUACAUCCAGUUUUAUGCAAGUUAUGUUUAAGUGAAGUGCCUCAUGCGGAUAUGUGUACAUUGCAGCAAUGCGCUUGUAGUUUUUGUAAACAUUGUAUGCAAGCAUAUAUAAAUUUUGAAAUUGUUGAAGGUGCUUACGACAUAUCGUGCCCUGAUGCCCAAUGCCCUACACAGGGAGUAAUUACAUUAGAAGAAAUUGAAAAAUUUGUUGAACCAAACCUAGUCGAAAAACAUAAGAAAUAUAGACUUAAUAGAGAAGUGGAUAUUGAUAAGAAUCGAACGUGGUGUCCACGUGCUGGUUGUGAAACAGUAUGUACAUUAUGUCCAAAUGAACGCUGUUCUCCACAAAGUGUUCAUUGCCCAACUUGUUCAACCGAUUUUUGCUCAAAUUGCAAACAACCUUGGCAUGGUACGGCAUCAUGCGAAGAACAAGCUAGAUUAUUAGGUACUGAAACAAAUUUAGGUAUUCCAUUUGAUUCUGACUUAAUAAAAUGUUGUCCAAUGUGUAAUGUUCCAAUUGAAAAAGAUGAAGGUUGCGCACAAAUGAUGUGUAAACGUUGUAAACAUGUUUUUUGCUGGUACUGUCUAACAAGUUUAGAUGAUGAUUUCUUACUACGGCACUAUGAUAAAGGACCAUGUAAAAAUAAAUUGGGACAUACUCGUGCAUCAGUUAUAUGGCAUCGUACUCAAGUGAUCGGUAUAUUUGCCGGUUUUGGUAUAUUAUUAUUAGUAGCUAGCCCCUUAUUAUUAUUAGCAGCACCAUGUAUUGUGUGUUGUAAGUGUCGUAUGUGUAACAGUAACACUAAAUUAGAAAAUGAUGAUGAUACAAAUGAUAUACAAGAGGAUACAACAUCAGCUUCUUGAAAUUUAUUCAAUAGUUUUCAAU